CGAGUCAGUUGUGGAACCAUGAGAGCAUUCACUGCAUUUUUCGGAUUGUUUCUGUUGGCGAACAGCGCAUCAAACGCUGAACAGCUAUCCGGUUGUCCCUUUGGUCACUCGGACUCAUUGGAUUUGGACCUGGAAUCCACUGUUAAACAGAAGAGACAAAGUCAUGCCUAUGAUAUUCGGCCCGGAGUGGGCGCAUCCGUGUUGGGCGACCACAAUCUGGACGAUCUGCUAAAGAACUUUUUGCCCAAGGAAAGCGACAAUUCGGGAUCCAACGGCUGGUUGAAACUAGGCGAAGAAAACCGGCGUUCGGAGCCCGUUAAAUGUGGCAUUCCACCAGCAAACUGUUUAAAUGAUACGCAGAACUUGCACUAUCGCACAAUAGAUGGCGCCUGCAAUAAUCUACUGUACCCAGAGUUUGGCAUCGCCACUUCCAGAUACAGGCGCCUUAUGCGUCCCAGCUAUUUGGAGCACGGCCAGAAAGUUCCCAACGCCCGCCUACUGUCAUUGUCCAUGUAUGGCGAGAAAACAAUGAUGGACAAGUUCCGUACGGUGGCUGCAAUGCAAUGGGGUCAGUUUGUCGCCCAUGACAUCAGCCAGAUGACGACCAAGGGAGCUCCGAAGGAUUGCUGUGCCGAGCCACGUCAUCCUCAGUGUAUGCCUAUCACAUUGGCGCCUGGUGGACCCAUCUCCUAUAAUACCGGAAAAUCAUGUCUUAGCUUUGCUCGCAGUGUCUCCGAUGCGAACGCCGUCUGCCCGAAGAGCGGUCUUCCCUAUGACGAGAAGUUGACGAUUGUGACAUCUUAUCUGGACCUGUCAUCGCUUUACGGUAAUUCGAUUGCACAGAAUCAAAAGGUACGCCUCUUCAAAGGUGGCCUGCUUCGCAGUAGCUUCGCCAAUGGUCAGCACUGGCUUCCAGUGAGCCACAACCAAGACGGCGAAUGUGGCACCCAAAGCGAAUGUUAUGUUGUUCCAGACAGGCGUAAUAGUUUCACUCCGACAAUCGCUGUGAUGCAAACGGUGCUGCUCCGUGAGCACAAUCGUCUCGCCGAACAGUUGGCAAUGCUAAAUCCACAUUACAACGAUGAACGCUUGUAUCAGGAGGCGCGCAAGAUAAAUAUUGCGCAAUAUCAGAAGAUUACGUACUAUGAAUGGCUGGUCACUACUCUCGGUGGUGCCUACACCAAUCUAAAUGGCCUGACAUAUCCCUGCACGGAUUAUGCUAACGAUUAUGUCAACGACUACGAUGAGAGCGUAAAUGCCGGUCCUUAUGCCGAGUUCUCUCAUGCGGCCUUCCGGUACUCCCACACCCAAAUCCCCGGCUGGUUCUCCAUGGUUGCUCCCAAUCGCUACUCAAAUCAAACCCUGCGUCUUAGCGACUUCUUUGAGCGUCCCGAAAAUAUUCGACUCUUGUCCUCAAAUUUCAACUUGGCUGAUCUUGUCCGUGGCAUGGUUACGCAACUGCAGAAACGCUCUGAUGCAAAUAUCGAUCCGGAAUUGAAGCACUACUUUGAUCGCAAAGAAUUUGAGGAUUUCGGAUCCGAUCUCAAAUCCUUGGAUAUUCAACGUGGUCGUGACUUUGGACUCGCUUCCUACAAUGAUGCACGUGAACUCUGCGGUCUGCGACGUGCUAGCGAAUGGGAAGAUUUCAGUAGCGAGAUACCUAGAGACAAAAUCGACUUAUUGCGUAAGGUGUAUGCCUCACCUGAUGAUGUGGAGUUGAACGUGGGCGGUACAGUUGAGUUCCACUUAGCUGACUCCAUCUUUGGACCCACCAUGCAAUGCAUUAUGGGCAGACAGUUCCUCAAUACCCGUCGUGGCGAUCGCUUCUUCUUUGAGCGUGAGAAUCAUCUUGGUGGUUUUUCACGGUCCCAAUUGGCUGAGAUACGUAAGGUAACUGCCGCCUCUCUAUUCUGUAUCAAUGUGCAGGGUCUGUACGAUCUGCAACCCAACGUGUUCGUCUUCCCUAAUUCUCGUAAUGGUCUGCUGAACUGCAACGACAUUCCUCAACUAGACAUUACCAAAUGGCAAGAUCUUACUCCCCAACUGGUUCACUAAUAACCGAUCAGUUUAUCUGAAACCCUAUCUAUUUUACUUUUUUAUAUGUCCAACCGAGUUCUCCAUCGGAUGAAAAAAUUAUUAUUUUAAGUUAUUAAAAAUAUUUUCAUUGAAAUGUAUUAUAAAUAUUAUUUUGUU